UCAGCCAGCUCGCAGCGGCUCUGUGUGAUGUCCGCUGAUGGGAAGCCCGAUGGGACGGACUUGUUCAAGAGCGAAGGAUUUUGGAGAAUUGCAGGGACUGCAGUGUUCUUGCGACAUGUUCUCCUCUUGCAACCUGAAGGUCCUUUUGAAUUCAAGGUUGAGGACCUUUGUUUCUGGCUUGCUCAACUUCUGAGAAGUGCAGAGAAUGAGAUUGCGGAAGAACUGGAUGCUCAUCAAGUGUUGCUUUCAUCCCAGCCAGCUGAUGAUGUGGCAGAAGGAGUGCAAGCGUCCUACUCCUUGCGGUGGAGAUCGGGCCAAAGUUUAACUGCGGAGGAGGUUCAGACAGUGCUGCAGCACAUUUGCAGUCCACUGAAUACACUUAGGAUCACUUGGUUGACGAGUCUGAAGGAGGUGAUUCUGGAUGCAUCCAUGGUGCUUGAAGAGCUCAUGAAAGACUACCUGGACGUCUCUGCCUUGCGAAAGGUUCAGGUGCAAUAUGCUGCGAUGUUUAACGAAGAGUGGUCCACACCCUAUGAGGUUUGUUGGCAGGCCAAUGGAGCGGACAACAGCAUUAUCAUGCCGGAUGUGCCCAACUUCACUGAGCGCCACUUCCAGCAUUUUCAAAGAUCUGCUGGCCAUACAUCAACUGGGGAGACCUUGCUGUAUGAGGCCCUGGCCUUGUACCUGAUUCCAUGCCAUGAGCUUUUGCAUAUCGUGCAACACCUGCAUGGACAUUUGUUGGAUUCUGACUCCCACAGCUAUGCCAUGGAACAUGAUGCCUCUCGAUUGAACUACCUGCUGCUCUGGCACGUUCUGGAACGACGAAGCCCUGAACCGCAGUGGUCCAAGUGGGUGUUAAUGCUGGAGGGAAUCAACCGAAGUUUGUCCGCUUUCCAACGUAUCAAAGCGCAAGAUGCAGCUUACUAUGCAGCCUAUCGGCAAUGGGCAGAUACCUUUGGGUUGGAUGCACCAAGCAAAAUCUUUGCAUCUUCUGGAGAUGAGAUGUCCUUAUCACUAGAAGGCAUGGUGAAGAUGAUCGUCGCCGGCGAAGCCCUGGUGGCGAACUACGAAUCGCAGGGGCCGCAUCUGGAGCCACUUCUGCGGGUGGCUUUUGAUCCAGCGAGACAAGGGGAUGUAUACUCUUGCGAGAAUCGGGAACGGACAUUAUCUUCUGUGGGACAAAAUUUACAACUAAAAGAAUUCCACCUAUUGUUUGAACAAAAUCAAAGACAUAUAUAA